CACACGAGAAACUGGGAGAUUGCUGGAGUUUAGUACAAGUUAAACGUUUACGCUCCUUUAAAGAAUCAGAACUGUUAACGAAUCUGGUCGACGUGUAUUGAUAUUCAGUAUUAAUCAUUUCCAAAUGCGGGAAAGCUGACAAGAAUACAAAAACCUCUUGGGAAGUUUUAGCCGGCUUUUGAAAUGUCUCUUUUUCUUGUAAACAGGUACCUCGGCGAGGAGGAAAGCGAGAGCGUCCCAAAAGAAGCUCGGUCUCAGGUGCUGCUGGCCAAACUGCAGCAGAAGGCAAAAGAGAAGCUGAAACAGAGGAGAACAGAACCGAAGGAACGGCGAGAUGUGAAAAAGAAAAGAAGAGCCGACGAGAACGGCGGCGAAGAACCUCGACGGCACAAGAAGAGGAAAUCGGAAGAUGCGCCUUCGCUUGAUUCGGACUCUGUUGAGCCCGAUGAAGAGGACAAGAAGAACAAGACGGGUGCAAGUGAGAAACAGAAGAAGAAGAAGAAGAAGGUUCAGUCAGGUCCGCCGGACACUCCCGUGACCGGAAGUGAAGGACAGGAGGUCCCAGAAGGAGGAGAAGGAAAAGAAAAAGAAGAAGAGGGGGAGACGGAGACAGAAAAUGCGACGCUAAAACCAACCACGGGGAAGACCUCUGCUCCGACCGGUUUCACGGUUCUGGGAGGAUUCGAGAACAAACCCGUCCAGAAGGUACACAGAGUCCUGCCUCAGUGGCUCGCUCAGCCUGACGUGAUUCACAGAGACAUUAAAAGCAACCUGUUCCCCGUCUCCGACAUCCCGGGACUUUCUGCUCUGCUUGUGAAAAAACUGCAAAACAACGGAAUUCAGCACCUUUUUCCAGUGCAAGCGGAGGUCAUCCCGGCCAUCUUGGAGAGCGCACAGCAGGGGCUGCUGAUUGGACGAGGCGGCUACAAGCCCAGAGACAUUUGUGUGUCCGCACCAACCGGCAGCGGCAAGACUCUCGCAUUCGUCAUACCGGUCAUACAGGUGCUGACGGAGCGGGUGGUGUGUGAGGUUCGAGCGUUGGCCGUGUUGCCGACCAAAGAGCUCGCCCAGCAGGUUUGCAAAGUGUUCAUGUCGUACGCGGAGGGCGGAACAUCUCUGAGCGUGGUGAUGCUGGCCGGUCAGAAGUCGUUUGCCGAGGAGCAGGCGUCGCUCUCAGAACUCAGAGGGGGCACGAGACGCAGUUUAGCCGACAUCGUCGUCGCCACUCCGGGCCGACUGGUCGACCACAUCAACAAGAACUCCUUCCGAAGUCUGGAUCACCUCAGGUUUCUCAUUAUUGACGAGGCCGACAGGAUGAUUGACAGCAUGCACCAGUCUUGGCUCAGUCAGGUGGUGAAGGCGGUGUACCGAUCAGGAAGUGAUGCGGACGCCAUGUCCAUCUUCAGGCGGAUUGAGCCGGCAUACAUCACGGCAGCCAGUCUGUCUCCGCCUCAGAUGCCGCUGCAGAAGCUUCUGUUUUCGGCCACGUUGACACAGAACCCGGAGAAGCUCCAGCAGCUCGGCCUCCACCAGCCCCGCCUCUUCAGCUCCAUCCACAGCCACUCCGGCACCACCACCCAGACGCAAGCCGGCUUCGACUUCCCACAAGGGCUGACGGAGUACUACGUGCCCUGUACGUUGAGCAAGAAGCCGCUCCUCAUCCUCCACUUCAUCCUGCGCCUGAAGCUCAGCCCCAUCCUCUGUUUCACCAACUCCAGAGAGACGGCACACAGACUCUUCCUGCUGGUGCAGCUCUUCGGUGGAGUUCGGGCCGCCGAGUUCUCCUCCCGACUUUCCCCCGCCGAGAGGAAGACGACGCUGAAGGAAUUUGAACAAGGGAAGAUCCAACUGAUGAUCAGCACAGACGCAGCCGCCAGAGGCAUCGACGUGGCCGGGAUCAAAUGCGUGGUGAAUUACGACGCGCCGCAGUACAUCAGGACGUACAUCCACAGGAUUGGACGAACAGCGAGAGCAGGGAAGACGGGCCUGGCCUUCACCUUCCUGCUGGGAGUACAGGAGAAGAACUUCCUCCAAAUGGUGACGGAAGCCGGAACCCCCGGCAUUCAAAAGCAGAUCGUUAAACCGCAGAACCUGAAGGGCAUGGAAGCCCGAUAUGAACACGCUCUGCAGGAGCUGGCCGACGCCGUCAAGGAAGAGAAACACUGACUCCGUCAGCAUCGCUCCUCCGAGCCGAAGACCACAUUUUAUUUUUACUUUCAGGAGUUAUUUAUGUUUAAUUAAACAUAAAGUUUUUGUGUGUUGAAGCUGGUGAUUUAAAAAUCUUUUUUUUAAAUUAUCUAUUUGAUAUGUCUUAGAUUAAUUAAAGGUGACAUCUUCAAAUGUCUUUGGACACAUCCA